GACGAGAAAGUGGGUAGAUUAUCGAGCGAGAGAGAAAGAUAGUGCGGAGACGCGCCGUUAACCGAGCAGCAUCGGGAGAGGCAAGGUCGUGCGGUACUGAGAUGUACUGAGAAAAUCGCCGCGGCAGCGAAGACAACGUCAGCAGGUGGGAGUAACACCCUAGCGUACACCUAGCUUUGUAUAAGAGUAGGGAGCGUCGCGCCAUUCCGCGCAACCGACAUCGAGAGCAGGAUCAAACGCAGACGAUAGGUUCUUAAGUUUGGUGUGAGUCGUCGUGUUAAACAUCGAAUAUAGUUAGUGUAUCAACACGGAGAUGGAUUCGCGGAUCGAGGAUGUUUCCUUCACGAGAGACCACGAUUCCGUCGACGAUUUCGAGCAUCUCUGCCACGACGGUACGUCGGAUUAUCAUCCGGAACGGCAUCGACUGAUCGAUACGUCAUGUGUUGACGAUCUGCUGCACAUUGGUGACUCCCUUCAGCAGGCAACGGAUUCCGUUCUACCGAAAGCCCUCGUCGCCGAUAACGAGACAAAGCCUGUGCCCGCGACGCCACCACCUUCUGCGGAUUUUGACGAGACACAGGAUCCGUUCGAGCAACCGAUGCGUUCGGCCGAUCCCAAGUUAGCCAGUAUGACGUUUGUCGAGACUGAGCGCUCGGCUCAUCACACCGCUCACGACGAUCACGCUUUUCAGCAGCCGUCACCGAUCUCGAUUCCCGCUCACACCGACCUGCUGCUCCCUUCGUCGGCAAAGAAAAUCACCGGAGAUAGCGCGAACGAAAGUCAAUCAACUGAUGAACGCGUUUCAACCACCGACAACGAAGCCGUUCCGACCAGCAGCGCUAAUGUCGACGAGUUUCGAGACAUUAGAUCGUUCACGGACAAAUCGGAUCUCCUCGGAGAUGAGCCUUCGAACCGAGGAGCUAAGAAUAUUAUGGACGACGACUCGUGGAAUCUAGUUGAGCAAACGGAUACGAAACGAGAAGGGCCAAAGGAAGCGCCGACGAAGCCGCUACCUCCAUUGCCUAAGGAUGCUGAGUUACCCGAGAAAAGCGUCGACGAGGUACUGUCCAGCGAUACUCUGCUCUCGGAAGUUGUCAAACCGUCACCACCAUCGUUCCAGCAUACUGCCGAUUCCGAAAGUGUUAAAUGGCGUCAGAAACCCAAGGAGACCGAUUACGUUUGCUCUCGCCCGCUCGCCAAAAAGAAACAAGAAAUCGAAAUAGCACCCAAAGAAAUAUUCAGAGACAUGGGAUUGGAUGCGUGGUUUAAUCCUGAAGAGCUAAAUCCAAAAGUUGCGGCUUUGAUAUACUGGCGUGAUCCAAAAAAAUCAGGGAUCGUGUUCGGUACAAUAUUAGGCGUACUCUUGUCGUUGGCCUAUUUCAGUCUGAUUAGUGUGCUUGCUUAUCUGUCGCUCCUUGUCCUUACUGGCACCGUUCUGUUCCGCGUCUACAAAACUGUUCUUCAAGCAGUUCAAAAAACUUCGGACGGACAUCCAUUUAAAGAUAUCCUUGAUCUGGACCUGGCAUUACCAGCUGAAAAAGUUCACGAAGUCGCAGAUGUCGCGGUUGCACAUAUCAACGCCGCCGUUAGUGAAUUGCGCAGGCUGUUCCUCGUCGAAGACUUGGUCGAUUCUCUCAAAUUUGGCGUCUUAUUGUGGUGUCUUACAUAUGUCGGUUCUUGGUUCAAUGGCAUGACUCUUAUCAUAAUUGGUAAAUAUUUUUCUCACAUCGUGUUUCGUUGCCUAUUGUCCGAAUGUGAACACAUGAUUCGAUUCAAAUUUGUCUGGUUUGUUUCAGGAGUAGUCGCCCUUUUCACGUUGCCGAAGAUUUACGAAACGAACAAGGAACAGAUCGAUCAGAAUCUGGCCUUGGUGCAGGCAAAGAUUAACGAAGUUACCGCCAAUAAAAUUAUUAUGUCAAUGGUAAAUAGCGAUCAUGAAAAAAGAAAGCAGAUCUCGGUGCGUGGCAUCGUCGACGUGGAAAAUGUCGGGAAUUUUAAAAAGACCUUUAAUAGACACCUUCAUUACACCCUGGUGAAAGAUCGUAACGUCGCCACGACCCGCGAUUACUAUUUUGCCCUAGCCCAUAGUGUCAAGGACAAUCUCGUGUCACGAUGGAUACGCACCCAACAGUACUACUACGAGAAAGAUCCAAAGAGGGUGUAUUACUUGUCUUUGGAAUAUUAUAUGGGAAGAUCGCUGCAAAAUACGAUGAUUAAUUUGGGGAUACAAGGAGCAUGUGACGAAGCUAUGUAUCAGAUGGGUUUGGAUAUAGAAGAACUGGAAGAACUUGAAGAAGAUGCCGGACUCGGUAAUGGAGGAUUAGGUCGUCUGGCUGCCUGCUUCUUGGACAGUAUGGCUACGUUAGGUCUAGCCGCAUAUGGGUAUGGCAUACGUUACGAGUACGGUAUUUUUGCACAAAAGAUCAAGAAUGGUGAACAAGUGGAGGAGCCAGACGAUUGGCUCAGAUAUGGCAAUCCUUGGGAGAAAGCUCGGCCAGAAUUUAUGUUGCCGGUGAACUUUUACGGUCAUGUAAUUGAUACUCCCGAGGGCAAGAAGUGGGUGAACACACAGGUCGUUUUUGCUAUGCCUUAUGAUAGUCCGAUACCUGGCUACAAAAACAACUUCGUCAAUACAUUAAGAUUGUGGUCUGCAAAAUCGCCCAUAGAAUUUAAUUUGAAGUUCUUCAACGAUGGUGACUACAUACAGGCAGUGAUUGAUCGUAAUCUAGCGGAAAACAUCUCUAGAGUUCUUUAUCCUAAUGAUAAUUUCUUUGAGGGCAAAGAACUCAGAUUGAAGCAGGAAUACUUUAUGGUAGCUGCUACUCUUCAGGACAUCAUCCGAAGAUACAAGUCCAGCAAAUUUGGCUCGAGGGAACAUCAUAGAACCGAUUUCGAUGCUUUCCCCGACAAAGUGGCGAUUCAACUCAACGAUACACAUCCGUCCUUGGCUAUUCCCGAAUUGAUGAGGAUUCUUAUCGAUGUCGAAGGACUUCCAUGGGAAAAGGCUUGGGAUAUUACAAGACGUACAUGUGCUUACACAAAUCACACAGUCCUUCCUGAGGCGUUAGAACGAUGGCCGACUGGGAUGCUAGAAAGCAUUCUUCCAAGACAUUUGCAGAUUAUUUAUCACAUAAAUCACUUGCAUCUUCAAGAUGUCGCAGCCAAGUGGCCUGGCAAUAUGGACCGUCUUCGUCGGAUGUCCUUGAUAGAAGAAGAAGGCGAAAAAAGAGUCAACAUGGCUCAUUUGUCAAUCGUUGGUAGUCACGCUAUAAACGGAGUUGCUCGUAUCCAUUCGGAAAUUCUCAAAGACAGUGUUUUCCGUGACUUUUAUGAGUUGACACCGGAGAAAUUUCAAAAUAAAACAAACGGCAUCACGCCAAGGAGAUGGCUGUUGCUUUGCAAUCCAAAUCUGUCAGAUAUCAUAGAGGAGAAAAUCGGUAGUGAUUGGACAGUCCAUUUGGAACAACUGGCGCAAUUGAAGAAAUGGGCGAAAGAUCCGGUAUUUCAGCGUAACAUCGUAAAGAUUAAGCAGGAAAAUAAGUUACGGUUAGCCCAACUAUUAGAGAAAGAAUAUGGUGUUCGGGUUAAUCCAGCAUCUAUCUUUGAUAUCCAGGUAAAACGUAUUCAUGAAUACAAGCGACAGUUGUUGAACUGUUUGCACGUCAUCACUUUGUACAAUCGAAUAAAAAAAGAUCCGUCUGCACCUUUCGUUCCAAGAACCGUGAUGAUAGGUGGCAAAGCUGCACCAGGUUAUCAUCUGGCGAAGAAAAUCAUCAAGCUUAUCUGCAGUGUUGCAAAUGUCGUCAAUAACGAUCCAAUUGUCGGCGACAAACUUAAACUGAUAUUCCUUGAGAAUUAUCGAGUGACAUUAGCGGAGAAAAUCAUACCCGCCGCGGAUCUGAGCGAGCAAAUUUCAACUGCUGGCACAGAAGCGUCUGGUACCGGUAACAUGAAGUUUAUGUUAAAUGGCUCAUUGACUAUUGGCACUUUGGAUGGAGCAAAUGUAGAAAUGGCAGAAGAGAUGGGAAACGAAAAUAUCUUUAUUUUUGGUAUGACAGUGGAAGAAGUAGAAGAUUUGAAAAGUAGAGGUUACAAUGCUUAUGAUUAUUAUAACAAACUGCCGGAAGCAAAACAAUGUAUCGAUCAAAUCCAAGGAGGGUUCUUCAGCCCAAAUAAUCCCGGAGAGUUUCAAGAUAUCGCUGAUGUAUUGCUUAAAUGGGACAGAUUUCUACUGUUGGCUGAUUACGAAAGCUAUAUAAAGAUGCAAGAUCACGUCAGCAAAGUCUAUCAAGAUGAGGGCAAAUGGGUAGAAAUGGCUAUACACAACAUAGCAUCAUCCGGAAAAUUCUCAUCGGACCGCACAAUUGCCGAAUAUGCGCGCGAGAUCUGGGGGGUUGAACCAAGCUGGCAGAAACUUCCGGAUCCACACGAGCCCCGUGACAUUUAAAAUUGAUUUAGCGUGACUAUUAUUAUACUUACUAUUAUACUUACUAUUUUAUUAAGAAGAAAUAUUCCUACAUUUCUUUCCGCAAUUGAUAUCGUUUUCACAAUAUGAGCGCGACAAAGAAUUUUCUUAAUAUCUGGUGCCGGUCUCCAGAAUCACAGUAAAAUCAUACAGAAAUAGAUAUGAUUGUUUUGCGUGAAUAUUGUUUAAAAGAAUGAAAGAUCUUUAACUGAACGCUUGUGGUUGUUUAAAAGAUCUCAAGCAGUUUGCUUUUUAUGCAAAUUAGUUUUUUUUUUGCAGUUUCUCUUCUUUAUACAACAGCUAAGACGUGCUAGCAUUGUAAACAACAUAAUGGUAAACUAUCUAUAACAUCUGAUAAUCAAAAUAUCACAUUCA